UACGUCGCUACGAGAUAUAUGUGUGCUCGCACACACAUAUAUAUAACGGUCGAUACUAAAAGGGAAGCCGCAGAAGCGUCGACCGGCUUAGUCCUCGCGCCCUUCUCGUUGUCGUCGUAUCCGCAGCGUUCAGCACGCCGUAGUCUCCCACGAAGGAAGCUAAUCGAGCAAUCCAGCAACAAUCAUGCCGGUGCCGCAACUCCAGAGACCAGCGCCCGCUUUCAGCGGCACUGCCGUCAUAAACGGACAGUUUAAGGACAUCAAUCUGUCCGACUACAAGGGCAAAUACGUCGUGCUGUUCUUCUACCCGCUGGACUUUACCUUCGUGUGCCCGACGGAGAUCGUCGCUUUCUCCGACCGCGCGCAGGAAUUCAACGACAUCGGCUGCCAGGUGAUCGCCGCAUCCACCGAUUCUCACUACUCCCACCUGGCGUGGGUCAACACGCCCCGCAAACAGGGCGGUCUCGGUGAGAUGAAUAUUCCUCUGUUGGCCGACAAGAGCUUCAAGAUCUCCCGCGACUACGGCGUGCUCGACGAGGAAUCGGGAGUUCCCUUCCGCGGGCUGUUCAUCAUCGACGACAAGCAGAACCUGCGUCAAGUCACCAUCAACGACUUACCUGUGGGAAGAUCCGUGGACGAAACCUUGCGUCUAGUCCAAGCAUUUCAAUAUACGGACAAGCACGGCGAGGUGUGCCCGGCCGGCUGGAAACCCGGCAAGAAGACCAUGAAGCCGGACGUGGUCGGCUCGAAGGAGUACUUCAAGGAUACAUAGACAAUAAGAUUUGGUACAAUAAUGAUGUUUCUUUGUACGUCCUAUUGGAUAUAUUCGCGUUGUGUGUUUGUAUCUUUGCGCGCCGCGUAAACCUCCUAUUCAACACAAUUACAUUUACUUGCGUGUCUAUUUAGUAUAACUAAGUACACAUAUCGCGCUAAAACAGUAUGACACCUAAAAUAUUUGCUCUUAGUUGUCUUUAGUAAUAAACAGGUUUAUUUUGUA